AUGUCAAACGCGAAAGGAACAGAUAAGGUUCUUGACAAACUUAAUGCUUCUGUUGAAGAAGGAAAAUAUUAUGAAGCCCAUCAAAUGUAUCGUACUGUCUGUAGACGAUACAUUAAACAAAAAAAGUAUAAAAGUGCAAUUGAUCUUUUAUUUUCCGGUGCACAUACCUUACUUAAGCAUAAGCAAACUGGCAGUGGUUCGGAUUUAUCCUUGUAUUUAAUUGACGCGUAUAAUGAAGAAAAAAUGCCAGUUACGGACGAAUCGAAAGCUCGGAUAAUUCAACUAUUGGAACUUUUCCCAGUAGAUGAGCCUGGCCGAAAAAGAUUUAUCGAUGCAUCGAUUAAUUGGUCGAUAAAAUUUAGCGAAAAUCCUGCGGGUGAUCCGGAAUUACAUCAUUAUGUUGGAAAGUUAUUUUAUAAAGAUCAUCUAUAUUCCGAAGCCGAACCACAUUUUCUUGCCGGUACUUCGGAAAGUAGUAAAGUAUAUGGAAAGAUGUUGGUUGAAUGGUCAGGCAAAGACCACCCAUCCAAGAGAGGAGCUUAUAUAGCUCGCGCGGUUUUGCAGUACUUAUGUCUUAGAAAUAUUCGUGAUGCAAAGAAUUCAUUUGAUUCUUUUGUCUCGGAAGCCAUGGAGAAAGAUCCAAGUAUAAAAUCAGGGACCGUGCCAUAUCGACCAACAAUAACUGGAGACCCUAUUGAAGUGGAUUUGUACACUUUACCUUUAUUAAACUUUUUGCAGUUUUUGAUUUUAACGAUUCAAAGAGAUGCAUCAGAUCUCUUUACUGAGUUAAGGAAUAAGUAUAAAAGUGCCUUAUCAAUUGAACCUUCCUUUGAUGAAUUGUUAAAUAAGAUUGGAGAAAUAUUCUUUAAUUUAAGAGUACAACGACCACAACAAUUCAAUAUAUUCCAAGAUCUUAUGAGUAGUUUAUUUACUCCACCAAGUGCUGGAUCGUCUGGAGGAUCUCAACCUAGAAUCAAUUCAUUAGAAUAA